UGCAGCCAUGUCUCUGCUGUGGACGCUCGUCUUUGCGGCCAUGUUGGACGAGGUGCAGUCCUCCGCCCCCGAGCCAUCCGUCCCAGACCGCGUCGUCGCUCUGGCGGGCUCCUGCGUGGUGGUCCCCUGCUCCUAUGUCCCCAAGUGCUCGCCCAGCCCGCCGCCCGCCAAUGAGCGCGUGGAUGUGCGGAUGCGUUACCGCGGCGACGAGCACUUCCUGUUCCGCCUUUCCCGCACGGCCUACAAUAGCGAGGACAAGCGAGUAGUGAGCGCCGACUUCCGAGGCCGGGUGACCGUCGCUGGUCAGGGUUCUGAGGGCGACUGCUCGCUGAGGCUGGACACAGUCAGGGUGGACGACGCCAGGGUCUACGAGAUGUCCCUGAAGACACGUGGGGACUCAACUUGGGGAAGGACCAAGUCUUUCAGCCUCCUUGUCCUGGUCAACCCUGAAGCUCCCGUUAUCAGCGGGGUGUUGUCGGCCAUCGAGGGUCAGGUGGUCACCUUGAACUGCAGCGUGGGUUAUUACUGCCCCUCUUCGCCUCCGACCCUGCGCUGGCAAUGGGGGCGGGGCAUACAUCCACCCGGGGCUCAGGAGGUGCGGACUCUCCACCCUGACGAGCACUCGCCCGUGUUGCAGGCCUCGCUGACCUUCCGGGUGUCCCACCGGGUCAACGCUGGCCUGCGAUGUGAGCUCAGCUACGCGGGAGCCAAAGCUGUGGUCGCCGCCAACGUCCUGCACGUUACAUUUCCUCCCAAAGAUGUGACGGUGCAGGUGCAGACCCUGGCCGUGCAGGAGGGGGGCAGCGCCCUGCUGGCCUGCUCGUGCAAAGCCGACCCGCCGGCGUCAGAGUACAGCUGGUCCUACAGCCGACGCGGCCGCACGGUGCACCUGGGCCUUCGCACGCACGCCAUCCGCUUGUACAACGUGACGCGGGGCACGGCGGUCCGCUGUGCGGUCGAGAACCUGGUCGGUCGCGCCGAGUCGCGGACCACCGUUCUCAACGUUCUGUAUAAGCCAGUGAUCCAGAGGCCGUCCUCGGCGUGCGUCGUCGAGCGGCAGGAAGUGUUGUGCCGCUGCUCGGCGGACUCGAACCCGCGGCCGGCUUUCACAUGGAGCAUCAACGACACAGUGCCGCCCCCGGACUUCAACGUGUCGCUCACGGCCGAUAUGCUCACUUCCACGCUGAGGGGCCGCAUGAGCGGGCCCCUGACGCUCACCUGCUCGGCUGUCAACACCAUCGGGAAUGACUCGCUGACGCUGUCACACGGCGGGCGAGGGCGGGACACGCUUUUGCUGCUCGGCUUUGUGGCGCCCGCAGCGGCCAUCUUGGCGAGCGCCUUAAUCUCCGUGGUCGUUUUCUUCUGCUGCAGAAAGAAAGCUGCGACACACGUCCUGACUGGACGUCCUGCUGCAGGCCCGGCAGGAGGAUCAGGAGCCAAUCAGGAGUGCACGCCGCUCUACAUCAACUGCACCGAGGUGACCCACGUGUACACCAACGGCAGCUACCAGCUGGUGUACCAGAACUGCACGCCUCACUUUGUGCGCACCAAGCAGGUGCGUCGGAUGGGCAGAAGAGGCGGCGAGCGCAGGCGAGGGGCUCUCGGCGCGCGUGCGGACACACAAGACGCCCCCGGGGACGUGAACGUGGCUGAACCCGAGUCGGCCAUCUACCUGGAGGUCCUCUAGUAUGACCUGUGAACCAGUCAUGACCGGUAAAAACUGCAAAAAUCUGGGACAUGCGGCUAAGACGUUUCACAUGAGAGCACAGCGUGUAUGUGUGUGUGCUUUUAAAAGGCGGGGCCUGUUGCCUAGUGACUCGUGACGUCAUCAAGAGGCGUUUGUCGCUUCAAAUUGUUGAUUUGUCUAUUGAAAAAAAAAAAAUCAGUCUAAGCCUGGGCCCCUGGAGAGGGGGAUCCAGACUGAGGCCAAUGGAAAAAAACUCAUAGCCAUAGCACACAUAAGCAUGUGUGUAAGAGGGAAACAUCAAACAUCAAAGAACACAAAGGACAUUAAAGACAUUAAAAGAACAGAGCUGAUGCAACCAGACAUUUCUACAUAGACUUAUACUUAGACUUAUUUUUUAUUGUCAUUCAAAUUUGAUCUUUACAGUACAGAUAAGAACGAAAUUGCAUUGCAUUAGCUCAUGGUAGUGCAGAAUAAAAGAGCAAUAAGGUGCGGAUAUAAAUAAAUAGAUUACUGUACAGAUAAAUUGUCAGGUUCAAACACUGAUGACAUCUAUUAAACAAGACAAGAAGCAAGGAAUUAAACAGAGACAGAAUUAAAUUUGGCUCAAUUGAGGAGAAACGUCUAGACACUGUACCCCUACACAGUGUCUCACGCUUCUGACGAAAGAUUGUACGCCUCCUCUUUUAUUUGGACUUUCCCUGAUUACAUGGCAACAGCUGUUUCUAAAGGGACGCGGGUCGUAAACAGCCAUCGCCUUUCAUUACAAACAGUUCAAAGAAAAGGUCGUAAAAUAGUUCAAAGAAAAGGUCGUAAAAGAGUUCAAAGAAGAGGUCGUAAAACAGUUCAAAGAAGAGGUGCCUGGAAUUUGGGCGGGUCCUGCUUUCUCUCCGCUUUGUAGUUCUCGGGUCAAGACAAAAUCUUUCUGUGGAUUACAAUACAUCAAAGAAACAGAACCCUCAUGUCGCUCCCCAUCCCCCACAGUGGAGUUUUACAAGCAUUUUGUUUGGUAGGAUCAAAGACAGCUUUUGUCUUCUCGCUGGGAACUCAUGGCAACACAAACUUUUGUGAUAACUUAGAUACAAUUAUUCUGACAUAAAUAUAUUGCACUUUUGCAUAUGCAUCCAUGUUUAUGGAUGUAUGUUAUAUUGUCUUUAUAUUCCAGCGAGUUAAUCCAUUUUUUGGGGGGGAAUUGAGGGGCUACAUACAGCUACAAAAGUUAAAAAAAAAAAACAU